CGGCGGCGGGGGACGCGGUUCACCUCCCGCUGCCCUCGCCCCGCGAGCGGCCCUUCACAGGAACUUUCUUCCCGAUCCGAGAUGUCUUAUUUACCAACAAAUCCACCAGGGAGCAUUUCUAUUUGCCGACCUGGUGUCUCUCUCCGCGGUGGCCGCGUGCCGAGGGGACGCGCAGUUUGGCGUGGGACUAUUGCCCAGAAGAAAAGAUGUUUGGUUUUCACAAGCCAAAGAUGUACCGAAGUAUAGAAGGUUGCUGUAUUUGCAGAGCUAAGUCCUCCAGUUCUCGAUUCACUGACAGUAAACGUUAUGAAAAGGACUUCCAGAGCUGUUUUGGCUUGCAUGAGACUCGUUCAGGAGACAUCUGCAAUGCCUGUGUUCUGCUCGUGAAAAGAUGGAAGAAGUUACCAGCAGGAUCAAAAAAAAACUGGAAUCAUGUGGUAGAUGCAAGGGCAGGACCUAGUCUAAAGACUACUUUGAAACCAAAGAAAGUAAAAACUCUAUCUGGAAACAGGAUAAAAAGCAACCAGAUCAGUAAACUGCAGAAGGAAUUUAAACGUCACAAUUCUGAUGCUCACAGUACCACCUCAAGUGCCUCUCCAGCUCAAUCUCCUUGUUAUAGUAAUCAGUCAGAUGAUGGCUCAGAUACAGAAAUGGCUUCUGGCUCUAACAGAACACCAGUUUUUUCCUUUUUAGAUCUUACAUACUGGAAAAGACAGAAAAUAUGUUGUGGGAUUAUCUAUAAAGGCCGUUUUGGAGAAGUCCUCAUUGACACACAUCUGUUCAAGCCUUGCUGCAGCAACAAGAAGACAGCUGCAGAGAAGCCAGAGGAGCAGGGGCCAGAGCCUCUGCCCAUCUCCACUCAGGAGUGGUGACUGAGGUUUAUGUAGAAGGGGAACAAAAAUGAUUUAAAUUUUGAAAAGACCACAAAGCAACAAACUGACCUUCCUAUUUUUAACUUGGAUACCUGCUAUUCUGCCAAAAGACAUUUUCUAGAAUAGUUUUGAAUGGGUUAUUUUUCUUCCAUUCCCACAAACUCUGAAGCCAGUGUCUAGCUUACUAAAAGAAAAAAGUGUACAUAAUAUUUAAGAUGCUGAGUAUUUCAUAGGAAAGCUGAAUGCUGCUGUAAAGUGCUCUUUAAGUCUUUUUUUUUUUUUUAAUAAUCCCCUUCUAAUGAAUGAAAUUAGGGGAAUUUCAGGGGACAGAGAUGGGAUUUGUUGUAUGAUAAACCAUAUGUAGUUUUUAGUCUUUCUAUAUUGAGAAGCAGUGGUUGGGGCAUUUUUAAAAGAUGGCUGGCUACACUUGUUUUCCCUCAUGUUAGUAGAUUUGUCAUAACUCAAUAACAUGUCUUGCCCCUAGAGGUAGUUGUUAAUAAUUUUGAAAUAUUAAGGUCUCGCCAAGUUUCUGAUGAUUCAAACCUGUACUACUGAUGAUUAAGCAGGACAGACUGAGCUUUUUGGUGCAAGUACCUUGAAGGAGGAAGUAAUUUCUAAAUACACAGGAGCUUGACAGUGUAUGUUACAUCCUGUGUCACCUUCCUUCAUAUUAAUAUUUGUUAAAGAUUUUAAUUUAUGUGAAACUUCUCAAGCAGAAUCAAAGCUCCUCUUGGGGAAGUGGCAAGUACGUGGGAUAGAUGAGAUCCUAUAUGAAUAGUACCAAAGCAUUACCACAUGGUGGAAAACACACUCUUAAAAAUGUUAAACUGUAUGCAAGUCUUCAGGAUGGCAAAACAGGUUAAUGCUUCUUGGGCAUGCUGCUUGGAGAGCUUGUGAGUGUGUAAAUAAUUGACUUUAUUUGUGUUACAUGCCUGGUGACUUCAUUGAAAUCCGCACAAUUCAGUUUUAGCUCUGGAUUACUUCAGUUGACCUUUGUGAAGGUUUUAUCUGCAUAGAGUAGGUGUUUGACUUGUUUUAACUUGUAGGGGUUUUGGGGUUUUUUUGGUCACUAUUUAAAGUAAAAUUUACUAAGAAAAAAAGUGUGUUCAUGCUAAGGGGGUUAGUGUUGGUUUGGCUUCUUUUAGUCAGGCUUACUGAACACUGAGAUUUGCUGAAUGUGGAACUUUUCAAUUCUAAAAUACUUAUUAAAAGCCUCUCACUUGAACCCAAACCAAAGUAUUCUUAUUGCUUAUUUCCUAAAAGUUCAGAAAGAAAAAUAGCACCAGUUCAAACUUUUCAUACACGAGGGAGGAAUAUUUGCCUUCCUUAUAAUAACAUGACUCAGUGCUUAUUUUUAAAGCUGAAUUUUAAAAAUUAGAAACGUCACAAUUAGGAGUGAGCCACUUUUUAUGGGUACCCUAUAGUUUUAUAGUUCUUAGUCUAAACUUAUUUUAUAUUUCUUCCUGUUGAGAAAAUACCUACAUGCUACAAGCCACCUUAUGCACAGACUACACAGUGAGUUGGGUCGGCUCUCCCAUAGCCUUUGAGGUGUAUUACAAGAGUCCAGCCAUUAUCACCCUCCUGAGUUAUUUUGAAAUGGUUUUUUUUUUUUUUUUUUGUA